AUGCCGGGCUCCCACGACCUGAGUGUUGAGAAUCUGCGCUUACACGAGCACAUUGUGGACUCACAGAAGCACACCCAACAUGUUGUCAAAACAGUAACAACUGCCCCUACGGCACGUCACGGCGCGAGACCGCCUGCAAAGCCCGAGACCGUGGCCAGAUCAAAAGCACCUUCCAAAGCUAGUUCACAAGCUGGAUCAAAACGUGGAGAAGCCAUCGAGUCAUCAAAACACGAGAAGGAGGUCCUGAUUAUCACAGUCAUUGAAGAAGGGGGUGAUGAGGACCUUCCCCCAAAGGCGCCCUCCGUAGCCCACGCUUCCAGCAAGCACGAAUCAAAGAAAGCACCUUCCGUAGAACCACCCGCGUCGCGCUCCUCUCACCACUCCCACCAUAGUCACCGUCAGAGUAAAGACAUCUUCCACAUUCCCGCCGGUAUUCCUCCGCCACCCGGCUUUGCGAGAAUGCCUGACUUGCCUGUCAUGCCUUCAAUGGUGCCCGUGGCCGAGAUCCCUGCAUUCGACAUGGGAGAUCACAAAGAGAUGGCUCUGAUCAUGAUCCCACCUCCACCCGCCAGAUCCGUUGCCUCUGGGGCCUCCAAACUGGUCGCUCAGAGGUAUCCCGCAUCGCACGUCAGUCAUCGUAGCAAGAGCUCUCAUGCCAGCAAGAAGAGUAGCAAGUCGAAGGCCCCCGUAAACAGCAGUAACGAGUCUGAACUGGUUGAUGUGCUCGUUGAGGAAGUGCAUGAGGUCACAAAGCGAAGGUAUGUUGUGAAGAUGCCUAGAGACAAAGCCAGGGAUUUCAAGUUUGCCGAUUGA